AUGAAUCGGGACGAUACGAAGGCAAAAGAAGACGGCUCGAGUAGUGUAGUAGGAGAUGGAAUGGCAAUGGGUUCAUUCUCCGGAGAUGAAGCAAACCAAAGGAUUAUCGACAAAUCUGUCGCCCCAGGAACCGACCAAAGUCCCCGAGAUGCAAAUGAAAGCUUAGAAAAUGCAAGUAGAAAAGGUGAAGAGGAAGAAUCAAGUAAGAAAAAUGAAGGGGAGGAAUCAAGAGAAGUAGACGAAGGAGAAAAAGAGAAGGAAGGCGGAGACGAAGGAGAAAAAGAGAAGGAAGGCGGAGACGAAGGAGAAAAAGAGAAGGAAGUUGUAGAUGACGAAGAAGAGGGCAUGCGACCGCUGAAGUUGCACUUUCCUUCAAGCGAAUAUCAAAAGUCUUUAAAGCUUUCAGGAAAGUGUUACAUUGACACAGCGAUAACAACUAUUGAAACGAUCCUGAAAGAGAAGGAGUAUCAUCCCAACCAUGAGAGGUUGGGUGGUACAACAUUCAUGAACAAGUAUUUUGGAGGGAGAAGGGUAACAUACGCUGACCUGGAGAAGCAGAUGUUGGCAAUGAAAUCAAAGCCAUCUGAGGAUCGUAAGAAGAUGGCCGUUCUGUUCUUCUUAGCCAGCAUCCUUGUCGGAGGCCAAAAGAGUGGUGAGGGAGCAUCACCUGUGGACAGUUUCUUCCUGCGUGUUGUUGAUGACCUAGAUGCGUGUGUAACGUUUCCUUGGGGGCGGUAUGCAUUCGAACAUAACUUGAAGGAUGUCUCUAGCUUUUUGGAGAAAUGCGACGGGGUUGCGCCGACGAGUUGGGUUUUUACAAGCUUUCCUAUCCCUCUGGAGUUGUUGGCCUUUGAGGCAAUUCCAAGCUUGAGGAACCAUUUCCGAGAAGAUGUGUAUGGUGCAAGCAGAGGUUGCCCGCGGAUGUGCAAGAUGCAGUACAAACGGAAAAGUGGAACCAAGGAAUUCAGUCUGAAAGCUGUGCACGAUAAACUUGGUAAUAAUACAAAGGAUAUUGAGAGUAUCUUGGUAGCAACAGCAGCUGAGGAGGAACUUCUGGAAACCAUAGGAAUGGACAAGGAGAGUUGUUGGGCCGAUGACGCCGAUGAUGCAGCAGUUGAUCGUUGGACGAAGAUAAUACGGAAAGGGAAGAAACAAGUUUUCUUUGAAGAACAGAUCCGCAUGGAUUUUGAGUCUCGCACAGAUUCGGUGGAGGCUACUGGAGCUACUCCUGGAGCUGAGGCUUUAAAAGCGAUGGAAGGUCGGCUUAUGAAUACAGUCCGAGAUGCAGUUCGAGAUGCUAUGAAGGGAGUGAAGGAAAAAGUCACUUCAUUGUCUAUGCAGCUAGGUCUUCUAGAAGAGGAGGUGAAAAGUCUUAGGUUGAGUGUUCCCGGAAGUGACAAUCCGGCGGUCCAAGAUGAUGGUGAUGGUAGUGACAAUAGUGAGUCAGAAGAAGAGGAUGGUGAUGUGGGUGGGGAUAAGGAGUCGGAGGAAGAGGAUGGUGGUUACAAUAACGAGCCAGACGAAGAGGAUGGUAGUGACAAUGAUGUUGAAGAUGCCAUUCUCGAUAUUUCAAAGGAUGUGCAGAGGGAAUAUGGUGAUGUUGACAUGGAUGAUGAUGAUGAUGCGGAGAUGUAUGCACAUGCUGUGGAGGCCGAGAAAAAAUUAAAGACUAAGGCAGCAGAGUCUGUUGAGGUGGACCGUGGUGAUAAUGUGAGGAGUCCCAUUCAGCUAAGAAGCAAAGCAGCAGAGAAGAGCACCAGAGGUGAAAAGAAGCAGAAGGCAGCUGCUGAGAAGAAGGCAGCUGCGGCAGCUAAGAAGAAGGCAGCUGCUGAGAAGGAGGCAGCAGCUGAGAAGGAGGCAGUAGCUGAGAAGGAGGCAGCAACUGAAAAGGAGGCAGCUAAGAAGAAGGCAGCAGCUAAGAAGACAAAGAAAGUAGGUAAGAAGACCGAGUGA